AAAUGCCCCUGCAUCAGCCAGAUCAAUUUCCCCCCCUCCCCUUCUUCCAGUCUGAUGCUAGCUGACAUCAUGCGCCUUCAGCCAGCCACUUUGUCUACGCGCACACACCAGGAACGGGAUAUGGCGAGACAAGCUUGGAUCUACACCAUCUUUAGUUUCAGAUCCUUCCGCGUCCCUGAUAUCAGGGCGGCUCAGUUCACCGGGCGUAACUAAGAACGACAACUUCCAGGGCUCCCGGUGUGAUCCAAUUUUCUUUGGAGUGCUUUCAUUACAGCAGAAGAGAGAAAAAUAAAGGAAAAGAAAAGAAGGCGAAUCACGUUGGGCAUUGAACUUGGCCAGCCCUGGUAGAGUGGAAGCCGGACACCCCAGGAAGCUUCUGUGAGAGUAGCCAUCCGGUCCAGCACUCAUGGCACCUAAACAGCAACCAGAGAGCCGCUGUUCUGAGUCGUCGCCCAGACACUCAGAAACAGCCGACGAUAACAACGAUCCAAACAAAAAUAACGGCAACGAGGACGAGGACGACGAGAUUAUCGACAUGGAGGCAGAGAACCUGGGCAGCAGGAGAGACGCCUCUGCCCAAGCCGACACCCAGAAAGAGGAGGACGAUCCGGCGCAGCCGGCAAGCUCUGCCUACGUUGCCCCCAUCCCAAACAUAGGCAGCAUCUCGCCAGUCUCACCUGGCAUCCAGAUCUCCCCCGCGGACCGCCCGGAUAUCCCGCCCUUCGUCGGCGCCCUUCUCGUCGGGAAACCGGUAGACGAAGACGGCGACAUCGUAGACGAGAAGACAGGGCAGGUUCUGGCACAUGCCGCCGGCGAUCUGCCCUCGAUGGUAGGCCGAAGGGUAGCCAACGCCCAAGGCGACAUCCUUGGAGACGACGGCAAGCUCCUGGGAUACGUCGCCGACGUCGAGUGGCCCAGGGCUCGACCGCCGCCCAACGCGGCCCCACGGAGCCUCUUCGACAUCAUGGGGCGCGCUACGGGCUCCCUCAUGGUCGAUCACGCUGGCAACAUUCUCGACGCGAGCGGGAAGGUCGUCGGCAGGUUCCACGACAACAACAACCCGCUCCAUCGCAGGGAAAAGGAGGAGAAGGAGGUUCGGGAGCGCGCCCGGACGGCCCGGAGUAAGGGCCCACGACCAUCGGGGGAGGAGGAGCAGCCGGUUUCCCUGAGCGAGGACCAGCGGCACUGGUCACCGCCUCCGACACCACCGGCACCGGCACCGCCACCACCUCUACUCUCACCGUCGCCUCACCAGCACCAGCAGCAGCACCAGCAGCAGCACCAGUGUGAGGAGGCGCAGGACGAGGGGGAGGAGCGGGCCGAGUCGCAGUCUCAGACGGCCACUGGUGACGGCCAGCCUCGACCGAGACGCACCGAGGAGGAGAGGAGGCGGAACGCGGAGGCUUGGAGGAAGGAGAACCCCAACGAGAGCCCGUCCGAUAUCUCCUUGGAUGUCAAGUCGACAAGGGAGGGAAUCCAGCUGAGGAUCCGGAUCCCGACCGUCUUCAACGGUCAGCAGGCCACACCACACAUCUCCUCGUAGCCGUAGCGUGAGUGAGAGAGGCUAUGACGGAAGCUCGAUGAGAAUGCGCGCGUUGGUUUUUUUUUUUUUUUUUACAGGGUGUCGCGGACAUUUGGGUGACGCGUUCCCAGGACAGGUAGGGAGCUAUGUUAGUUUGAAGCUGAGGUACUCGAGUCAAGGAUUUGGCGUGAUUAGGCUUGUAAUGUAUGUAUGUAUGUAUGUAUGUAUGUACAUAAUUGCUUUCUGCUCGGCCGCGUCGAGGACUAACUAAAGGUUCCGAAAAAAAUUUUGUAGACGUGGUUAGGCAUGUCAAGGAGGGUGGU